UAUCUAUUUUUCUUUGCUUCUUCUUGCUCAAUACUCAAACCAAGAUCUCCGCAAUGGGGUGGAAGGCCGUGGAAUCAGAAGAGUACGAGAGUUCAGCACCCGCCGUGCAGGCGCAUUUCCACGCCGUACGCGCCGAAGAAGCGCUGCGCCGCGAUGACGUACGUGUUUCUCUGUAUCUCCUCUGCAAUUCGCACAAAGUUUCAAAGCAAAAUAACGUCCAAUAUCCUCGCUUUUGCGUGCAGUACAUCCAGGCAGAGAAGGAAGGCCAUUUGGCCAGCGAAAAGUUCCUUCAGGCAGCGCAGCGGGUCUCCGACAAGCGCACAAUCGACGCACUGAUGCUAUUGGCUGAAAACUAUGAGUACAGGGCCAAGGUGGCGCGUGCCAGAAACCCCGGACCAGCGGAGACGGAGGAGAAGCUCACGGUGACGGAGGAACGCCAUGAUGCGGACAUUAGAGAGCGGAAUACAGUCCAACAGAAGGUGGAAACGGAGAUUCCAGACCCGGAGGAGGCGCAGAAGACGGAGACGCAAUUGAAUGUUGCAGCGGCGGAGAUGGAGGAACUGUGGAGACGGUUGAAUGAGAUCGGACUAUCGAGUCCUGGCUCGGCCGAUAAGGUGGGAGGCUGAAAUGCAGAGGAGAAAAGGAGACAAGACUGACGUGGUAAAAUAUGGUGCAGAAUUUGUUGAUGUCAUCGCGACACUUGUCGUCGUCGUUGGGGGAUUCGUUUUGUUUGUUACCGGCUAAAACGAGGCGAGUAGUGGAGUUGGAGAGAAUUUUAGGGAUGCUUGACGCUAAUGGAUGUGGAUUUGGUGGUGCUAGGACUACGAUUGGAGUGGUGGCGACUGCAGUGGAUGGAGGAUCGACGCUUAGAGCUGCGGUGGCGUCCAGAAUGAGGAAUCAAAGACAACGGCUAAUGGAGCAACAGCUUGGCGGUCGAGCACCUUUGGAUCCACGGAGAUCAGGUGCUACACCGACGAACGGCAAUGACUCGAGUCCUUAUCAGUAUCAAGAUGGACGCAGUUCUGCUGGAAAUGACAAUGGUUCAGUUAGUGGCCAGGGGGAUUAUGAGGGUUUGCAGGAGACCGUUGCGCACCAGAAAAUGGAGAUCGUACGGCUACUAAAUGCCGUGAAGACGCUCAGCAGCGAGAACACCAAGCUGGUGAAGAAAUGUGAGGCGUUGACGAACAUACAGGCUGAGAACCGCGAGAUUCGUGAAUCCAUGGAUCUGUUCAAGAAGGAUUACAACCAGAAGCUUGUUAUGAUCAAAAGAGCUCUUGAAGAGUGGCGACGGCAGCGAAAUAGUGGUGUUCAAGCGUCUCCGCAACCAAGCAGUGCAAUGGGUGGAAAUUCGGCGCUGGAAAACAAACUAAAGAUGCAGGAGGAGCAGAUCGCCAAGCUGAUGGAAGAGGCGAAGAUUAAGGACGAUCGCAUUGCCAAGUACGACAAGUGGUACAAGACGUUGAAAGCAGGCGCGAAGGCGAAGCAACUCAGCCAAAGUCGCGACGGUAGAAAUGUCGCCAGCAGCUUCAGCUCAAGUAGUUUCGUGCAGAACGGUGGUGGCUCCAGUCAUUCCUUCACGAACAGCACCAGCUUCCACGACUACAGUCCAGGGUCAGAGGAGUCCACAGGCGCCAGGUCAAGCACGUCACGGCAGUUCAGUCGCCCUCCAGCUCAUCCAAAUCGCCGAGCAUUGUGAUGCUAGUGAACAAACAGAAAAUUGUUGAAAGAUUUUAUUGCUUUAUGAAAAGCUGGUCUGAAUCCGAGCGCACUGCACACCCAGCUACACCUUGAACGCGUCACAAAAGAAUCAAGAGGAUCAACUGCCCAUCGCGCACCUAAGAGCGAUCGAGAUGACGUCCGCAUGGCUCAUGUCCGAACUAAGCAGCGGGGAAGGGCCUCUCACCUCGCUCGCUCAACUUUUGCUGAUGAUCCUAACCAAAUUCUACUAUUGAAGUCAGCAAAGAGCACCUGAUAGUACUCCUUGAACGGGAACAACCUGUUGGGCAGUCCAGUCCUCUCGUCUCCUUUGCUUCUCGUUCAUCGAUUGUAUGCCAGUGUGUACUGUUUGCUCUAUAAAGAUGCAUCGCAGCGAGCACUCGUGCUUAGAAGCCGAAGAGGCCGCUGAAUGGCAUUUCUGCCUGCUCCCGUGCGAACGUCUCGAAGUACUGGUAGAUGAUGGUCACAGCCAGCAGAAUACCGGUACCCGAACCGAUUGCGCCCAGAAGAUCAGCCACCAUCGACAGCGCGCCAAUGCACAUACCACCGAAGGCAGCAGCCGUGGGGAUGUAGCGGUUCAGCACGUGCACGAUAGAUGAGUCACGGUGGCCCUUCAUGACCAUCUGCUGGUCACGGAGCUGCUUGGCCACGUCACGAGCCGAAGAGCCCGAGAUCUCGAUCCACGUCUUGGAGAAGAGCGCGCACGAGCCGAGGAUGAAGAUGACGUAGAUGACGAAGCGGAUGGGGUCGUACAUGAUCUGAGCCAAGUUGCUGGGGGCCGACAUGUAGUACGCGGCGCCACCUACAGGCACAGUCUGGCCAGCACUGCCCUCCACGUCCUGCCACACACCGAGCAGACGCACGAGGAAGUUGCCACUGAACUUCUUGUACAGCAGCUGCGAGAUGAAGUACAGGUUGGACACCAGAGCAGUCUGUAGGAUGAUGGGCAUGUUGGACGUGUAGAAGAGCUUGAUCGGGUACGUGCCCUGCUGGCCACGCAGCUUCUGGUACUUCACCGGGAGGUCCACACGGAAGCCCUGGAAGUAGAUGACCACGACGAAGACGAACAUGGUAGCCAAUAGGUUCGUGAUGUUCGGCAGGUUCUGACGGUAGAAGGCCUCCUUGAGUGCACGCAGCUUGUCCGAGCGGGUGAUCAGUAGGUGGAACAGAGCGAUGAUGGCGCCCUCGAACUCCGUACCGCGACCAGUGUUGAUAGUCGUGGGGGAGAAGGCCUUCCACACGAUGUUCUCACAGAUGUUGGUGGCGAUGAACAGCGAGAUACCUGAGCCAAGGCCGUAGCCCUUCUGCAGCAUCUCGUCCAGGAUGAUGACGAGCACACCGGCGCAGAGCAGCUGCACGAUGAUGAGAAUAGCGUUGAAGGCGCCAAUGUCCGAGAUGUUGCCGUACAUGCCAGAGACCACGUAGGCAACAGCCUCGCCGAGCGUGAUGAGGAUACCGAAGAGCUUCUGCGCACCGCUGAACAGCGCGCGGUCCUCUUUGAGCGACUGGUCCACUUCGAUCAUCUUGGAGCCGGCAAGCAGCUGCAUGACGAGACCCGAGGUCACGAUGGGACUGAUACCCAGCUCCAUGAGCGUGCCGCGGUUGGAAGCCAGGAUCACACGCAUCCAGUAGAGCGGGUCCGACGACUUGGACGUCUGGAUGCCGUAGAGCGGGAUCUGGCAACACACCAGGAAGAUGAAGAGCGUGAUGAUCGUCCACAGAACUUUCUCACGGAACGGGAUCUUGCGGUCGGGCUGCGCCACCUCGGGCAGCACGCACAUGACGGGCCGGAUCAAGUGCAGGAAGCGCAUCGUGACUCCGAGCUGCUUCUUGACUCGUUGAUACUCUUUGGGGAAUGAGCGGGAUCCUGCUGACCGCCCAAAACUUAGGAGAGCGCGACACGUAUCCCCCCCUCUGAACUUCGAUACAAAUGUCAAGGUAAAAAAGGGUGCAUACAGUUGAUAAGAUAGAAAUGUAAUCUGACAGGUUCUAGAAAGAGACCACAGGCAGGUGAUACACCAGGGAGAUUAAAAUAUACAGGUGUACCCAUGUUGCCAGAUGCGUGGCAACGUGUCCCUUCAUGCGCAAUUGCACGACGAAUGCAUUGCGCCGGUAUCAGGUGGACUGCAACGUAGCGGGGCUCCGCAUGCCUCGUGUGGUCGCAAUGCCAGAUACAGUUGAAAGGGGCCAGGCUAAUAGUAUGCAGCGCAAAAUAUAGCGUUGGCUAGAAGUCGAAUUCGUCGCUCUCUUCUUCUGCGGCAGCGGAUCUCCCAGCAGAC